CAUACAAGUGAAUUACCAAAAUGAUUUGAACAAUUGAUAUCUACGAGGAAUGAUUGUUGACCGGCAACCACUUCCGGGAACGAAGAGUAAACGAUGGCAGAAGACAUUGAGUUGUGGAAGCGAUUGCGCGAUCCCGAAAUGACUUCUUUGACAGAGUCUGCUGUUAGCAACGAUAUCAUCGAGCAGGCAAGGCUGAGAAAAGCUCGGGAGGCACACAAACGGCGGCACAAAGACUACGCGACAGAAUUCUACGGCAGCAUUACAGAGAAAGAAACGAAAAGGAAGAGAAUACGUGAGGUGCUCAAGUGUCAGAUGAAACGGCAAGACGAUUCAUGGCGUCAACAGUUGAGAAAUUGUGUGGCUGAAAGUGAAGCGGCAGUAAAGGAGGACAAAAAGCAUAUGGAAACUGAUUUGCAACAGUCACAGCAGCGAUUUAAACAUUUGACACAAUUUCGAGAUGGUAACAAGACGAUACUUGAACUGAAAGCAGAGCAGCGACGCGUAGCCCGCUUGAAAGAACAUGCUGCAGAACGUGAACUGCUACGUCACAGUCCGAUCAAUUGGAACAAGACAAUGAGCUAAUAUACACGUAGACAGCAGAUAUGCCAU